AUGAACAGACAAGUCUGCAAGACAUCUGGUAGCAGGAGCCAGGGUUUCUCUGGCCGCUCGGCUGUGGUCUCUGGCAGCAGCAGAAUGAGCUGUGUGGCCCGCUCUGGGGGAGCCAGUGGAGGGGCCUGUGGGUCCCGGAGUGGAGCAGGUGGCUUUGGCAGCCACAGCCUUUACAAUCUGGGUGGCAGUAAGAGCAUCUCUUACAGUGUGGCAUGCAGUGGUUCCCGGGCUGGUGGCUUUGGUGGAGGACGUAGCAUGUAUGGGGGUAGUUAUGGAGGUGGCUUCGGAGGUGGCUAUGGAGGUGGCAUUGGUGGUGGCUUUGGUGGAGGCAGAGGAGUAGGAGGGGGUUUUGGAGGAGCUGGUGGCUUUGGAAGAGCUGGUGGCUUUGGUGGUCCUGGUGGCUUUGGUGGCCCUGGUGGCUUUGGUGGUCCUGGUGGAUUUGGCCCUGGUGCCUUCCCUGGAGGAAUCCAAGAAGUGACUGUCAACCAGAGUCUCCUGCAGCCCUUAAAUGUGGAAAUCGAUCCCCAGAUUGGGCAAGUAAAGUCCCAGGAGCGGGAGCAGAUCAAGACCCUCAACAACAAGUUUGCCUCCUUCAUCGACAAGGUGCGGUUCUUGGAGCAACAGAACAAAGUCCUGGAGACCAAGUGGAAUCUUCUCCAGCAGCAGGGCACAAAUUCUGUCACGGGCACCAACAACCUUGAGCCCCUUUUUGAGAGCUACAUCAGCUCCCUGAAGAGCUACCUGGACAACAUCCUAGGGGAGAGAGGCCGCUUAGACUCAGAGCUGAGAAACAUGCAAGACCUGGUGGAGGACUUCAAGAAGAAAUAUGAGAAUGAAAUCAACAGACGUACCACUGCUGAGAAUGAAUUUGUAACCCUGAAGAAGGAUGUGGAUGCUGCUUACAUGAACAAGGUGGAGCUUCAGGCCAAGGUGGAUGCCCUGAUGGAUGAGAUCAACUUCCUGAGGAGCAUCUAUGAUGCUGAACUGUCUCAGAUGCAGAGCCACAUCAGUGACACAUCUGUGGUGCUGUCCAUGGACAACAACCGCUGUCUUGACCUGGACAGCAUCAUCGCUGAAGUCAAGGCCCAGUAUGAGGACAUCGCUCAAAGGAGCAAGGCUGAGGCCGAGGCCCUGUAUCAGACCAAGUUGGGAGAGUUGCAGACCACGGCUGGCAGACAUGGUGAUGACCUGAGGAACACCAAGAGUGAGAUCAUGGAGCUCAACAGGAUGAUCCAGAGGCUGCGGGCGGAGAUCGAGAAUGUCAAGAAACAGAAUGCCAAUCUCCAGGCAGCCAUUGCAGAAGCUGAGCAGCGUGGGGAGUUGGCCCUCAAAGACGCCAAUGCCAAACUCCAAGAUCUGCAGGCCGCCUUGCAGCAGGCCAAGGAUGACCUGGCUCGGCUGCUGCGUGACUACCAGGAGCUCAUGAAUGUCAAGCUGGCCCUGGAUGUGGAGAUUGCUACCUACCGCAAACUGCUGGAAGGCGAGGAGUGCAGGAUGUCUGGAGAGUGCCAGAGUGCUGUGAGCAUCUCUGUGGUCAGCAGCAGCAGCACGACUUCAGCCUCAGCUGGUGGUUACGGAGGCAGCUACGGCGGUGGCUUUGGAAUGGGAGGUGGUUCAGGCAGCGGCUUUGGAAUGGGAGGCGGUUCAGGCAGCGGCUUUGGAAUGGGAGGCGGCAGUGGAUUCGGAGGAAGCUGUGGGUUUGGCGGUGGCAGCCGCCUUGGCUCUGGCUCCGGCUCUGGCUCCGGGGGUCGCUGUGGGAUCAGUGGCGGAGGCUUCAGCUCCAGCAGCAAUCGGGGCGGCAGCAUCAAGUUCUCUUCAUCCUCCUCCCAGCGUUGCUCCAGAUAA